AUGCGUGUGUCAUUGGUGAUGGAUGCUGAUCCAACAGGCUUAUCGGGGCAAUUCGCUAAUCGAGACGAAGGUGAAGGUCCUCAGUGUGAGCCACUGCUGUUGAGGUCAAAGCCGAAGCAGCCGGAAGCGCCGGAACCAGAAGAGCAGCAGGAGAAGCAAGAACUGCAGCAGGAAUUGCUGCAGCACCGGCGAGCGCUGCAGGGACAAGGCUCUCCUCGAACUUCGCACGCGGACGACGAGCUUCGAAAGCGGAGCCUCGGCCUCGAGCAACACGAGGAGCAGAGCCGCCUGCGGGAGGAGCAGAAUCGCUUGCAGAAGGAGCAGAACGAGUCCCAAUGGGAAAUGCUGGUGCAGAUGCAGCAGUUUAUCAAGGACAAGAAGAUGACGCAGGACUUGGAGGCAACUAUGGCCGGCAAGACGACGCCACCUGAGCCAGUGCAGCCCGCUUCGCAGGUGACUGGGGAGACAAGUCCCACUGGGCAGCCAACUUCCAGUCGGAGCUACUCCCGCAGGACGGUGAGCGCUACGGCAGCUCCACCUGAGAUGCAGCAGAUCCCGGCUGUGCAGACUUUAAGGGCAGGCAUGCGAUGCCGCUAUUACUCUUCCACGUACGGCAGAUGGAUCAGCGCUAAAGUCGAGAAGUACCAUCCUAAUGGGACGUUUGACCUGGACGUGAAGCAACAUGCUUCCAUCGAUUACAUCUCGCCACUCCCAGAUGUUGCAGAAGCAGAGGCAUGGCCGCCUGGUACGAGCGUCUGCUACAACAGUACAUCUGCCAAGCGGUGGAUUCCGGCUGUUGUCCAAUCGUUCAAUGCCAGCGGUGCGAAUGCUGGCACAUACAAUUUAGAUGUGAGGCCCUGUGCAGACUGUGACCGGAUCAAGCCUAAGUUAUUAAAACAUGAGGCCGUGCCUGUUUGA